AUGGAUUCAUAUCAAGGUUGCGAAACGAGUCUAUCGCAGAUAGACUUACAAGCCAAAUUGGAGUCCCCAAUGCCAUGGAUUGGCAUGUAUAUUGCAGCAGCUUCUGUAGUCUGCUCCCUUGCAAUGGCAGCUGAUGCAUUCCAUGGUUUUCGUAGUAAAAUGCUGUGGUUCCCAUGUAAGUACUUCUCUUUCAAUGCCAUGUCUUUGACACUAUUAGCUGUCGCAUUGAAACUACCAGUGGAUCUUACAUCUGAUACGUCUGGGAUGCAUGAAAUCCUUGCACGGGUUAGUAGCCUCGUUUUCAUGUCAACUGCGAUGGCAAAUUUUAUGACAUCUUUGGGAUCCAUGGACGAUAAUGAGAUGCUACUAAAUCUAGCUGCUUUAGGUAUUAUGAUAAUUACAGUCAUCGUCAAUGUUUGUAUCCACUAUAAACAAAUCAGUCACUAUGUUGGUUUUAGUAUUGGCGAAGAAAUUGUAGCAACGGGUUUUAUCUUUCUUUCACUUGUUAUGUUUUGUUCUUCGGCUUUGACCGUUCUAACUACCAGAAAUUACAUAGAACGCAUGUACCAAGAAAUGCGCAAAAUAGCUUUAGAUGAAGAAAACGUGGAUGGACCAAAAAUUCCAGUUGACAAAUUGAGACUAGUGGUCAAAAAAUAUUGGGUGAUGGCAGCAACAGGAUGCCCCCAGUUUGUAAUGGCACGUAGUGUGACUUGCACUGCUUCAGGUUUGAUGUGCCUAUUUGUUGCUAUCACUUUAGCAGAAGUUCAUAUUCGGAUGCCAAUAGUAUGCCAAGAAGAUGAGUUCACUUCUACCUAUAAGUGGUCUAUCAAAUGGAUUCUAUACGUUCAGUCAAUUGGAGUAGCAUUGGGUACAACUGCCCCUGCAUUCAGAUGGUUUACCGCUGCCCGGUAUAAGUGUUCUGAUUUAAACAGGAAAAGCUUCAAAAACGAGUUGAAAAUCGAGACUUACUGGAUUCAGAGACUUGUGGACUGGAGAGAAAGCUCAUUACCUUUACAAAUUCAACACGAAAAGUGGAAAAAAUUUCUUCAUGCUGUAAGAAGACUAGUUCUGAAUUGCUGCAUUGGAGUGCAGAUUCUAUUGGUUUGGGCAAGCAAAAUUGUUCUUCUCAUUUCUGCCUUGUUCUUCCACCACAUCAAGAAGCUGAAUAUAAUUGUUAUUGGUGCUUCUAAUAAUAACGGAGGAUCGGAAUCUGGUGGCGAUGCACAGUUGGACAUCACGCGUUAUGUUCUUCUACUUCCAGGAGAGCCUGGAAUUCCCAAAGAGACCCUUGAAAACAUCUGGAAUGAGGCGCUGGACCUAACUGUGAUAAUAGAAUGUGGUCUUCCGGGUCACGAUCCCGUGGAAUAUCUUCAUCUGACUCUUGUGUAG